CAACGAUUGCGCCGUUUAAAGUUAUCCGCAAUAUCAGUAAAGAAAGAAACCGCGCAACUUACGUCAAUCUCAUUCAUUUGUCGUUUUAUUUAUAUUACUAUGCAAUAAUACUAACAUUAUAUUAUAGAAAUCACAAUUAUGGUUCAAAAUCAAAUAGUUCAAGCUGCAACACCUACUGUAUGUUACCGGAAUAAAAUGAAACCAAUGAAAAGUGUUAAGAUAUCAAAAAGUACUGUGGAGACAAUAACUCCAAAAAGUUCGCCAAAUUCAAUUAAUCAACCUGGUUUAUUCGCGGAGGAACAGAGAACAGAAGAUGUAAAAUUAAAUGAAAUUGAAAAGGAGGAACAGAAGGAAGAAGAAAAAAUAACAUCUACCAAAGAGGUAUCUUUUCCAUUAGAUAUUUAUUCUAGAGUAAUUUAUAUGGUACUUUUGUCAAAUAAAUUAUUUCUUUGA